GCGUCCUUUAGGGGGCGGCAAAGUAACCGAACAGGAAGUACACCAGUCUUUGUGACAACGUUGAAGAAGAGCAGUUUCUUGGGAACCUCCGGUUAGCAAAAUGGCUCAAGGUUCAAAGAAAUUUAAAGCUCAGCGGCCAGGAGCCUCUAAGAAACCCCAUUCAAACAAGCCAAAAAUCCAGAGGAAGGGAGGGAGGCUCAUUGCACCAAAGAAGGCUCACGUGGUUGAGCAACAGAAGCUGAAGAAGGGUCUAGAGGUUGCCAUCAGGAACAAGAUUGAGCAGGAAGUGACCCAUAAGGCAAGCACAUCCCUCCACAAGCCACUGAGUGUGGUAAAAGGAGCUGAACGGCCUGAACACAAAGGCAUCCCUGGAGCACCCCGUCCAGAAACCAGCUCCAAAUAGGACCUGAUACAAAACCCUGAGGCUGAGCGUGCUAAACUUAAAGACUUAAUCAUGGGGUCAUUUAACUACAUUGAUCCCAUGACUCAGAUUUAAGAUGCACGCCAGCUGUCUUGCUGUUUUAUUAUUCCUAAAUAUUUAUAGACUACUUCAGUUAUACAGAAAUAUAAAGAGACCCUCUUGUACAGAUGUUAAUUCUUAUUUCAGUUUACAAAGAAAUGUAGAAAUUGAGAUUCUGAAUGUGAUAUGCAGGACUAGGCACUGAGCAUUACAUAAACCCUCACUAGGGGGCACCACAGGACUUUCUUGACUCAGAGAUGGUGAUGGAUGGAAACGAUGCAAGAAACAAUGAUUUUAUGAUGUUUGUGCUUUACCACCCUGCAUCUGUUUUUGUAAAAUUCUUUGUAUGAUUGUACAGAAAACAAUGAAUAAUAAGAGUAAAACCAUCAGUCACUGA